AUGCUCAGUUCAGUGUCAGUCUCCUCUUUCAAAGGACGCAAGGGUGGGAACAAGUCGCCCAACAAAGCAUGUUACAGUGCAGACAUGACUUGUCCGCCAGACAGCGAGAAAAUCGUAAUAAACUGCGGAGGGGUGCGACACGAGACUUACCGCAGCACCCUCAAAACUUUGCCCGGUACCCGCUUAUCUUGGCUUACCGAUCCGGACGCGUUUAGCAACUUCGACUAUGACCCCAAAAUCGACGAGUUCUUCUUCGACCGCCACCCCGGCACAUUCACAUUCAUCCUCAACUACUACCGCACAGGCAAGCUUCACUGUCCCAACGAUGUGUGCGGCCCAUUGUUCGAGGAGGAGCUCGCCUUCUGGGGCAUCGACGAGACGGACGUGGAGGCGUGCUGCUGGAUGAACUACCGUCAACACAGGGAUGCCGAAGAGGCGCUGGACAGCUUCGAGCAGCCCGAGCCAGAGGAGCCGGAAGAUGACCUGGAGCUGACUGCGGACGGAGAGCUCAAGAGGCUGUGCCUGCAUGAAGACGGGCGCAAGAGGAGCUGGUGGAGUGUGUGGCAACCCUAUUUCUGGAAUCUUUUUGAGGAUCCAUAUUCUUCCAAGAAUGCCAAGUACUGUGCGUUCCUCUCCCUUCUGUUCAUCCUCAUCUCCAUCACCACCUUCUGCCUGGAGACGCACGAGGCCUUCAACACCAUCUACAACAAGACAGAGAACGUGACGGUGGACAAUGUGACGCGCCAGGAGAUCGUCUACGAGGUGGUGACCGACGGCUGGCUCACCUAUGUGGAGGGAACGUGCGUCAUCUGGUUCACCAUCGAGGUCAUGAUGCGCGUGAUCUUCUGCCCCUGCAAGAAGGAGUUCUUCAGUAGCACCCUCAAUAUCAUUGACUUUAUUGCCAUCAUGCCCUUCUACCUGGAGGUGGCGCUGAGCGGCCUGGACUCCAAAGCCGCCAAAGACGUGUUGGGCUUCCUGCGAGUGGUGCGCUUCGUCAGGAUCCUGCGUAUCUUCAAGUUGACUCGUCACUUCGUGGGCCUGCGGGUGCUGGGCCACACGCUCCGCGCCAGUACCAACGAGUUCCUCCUCCUCAUCAUCUUCCUCGCCCUCGGAGUGCUCAUCUUCGCCACCAUGAUCUACUACGCCGAGCGCAUCGGCGCCGACCCCGACGACCCUACGGCCGCCAAACACACAAACUUCAAGAACAUCCCCAUUGGCUUCUGGUGGGCCGUGGUCACCAUGACCACUCUGGGCUACGGGGACAUGUACCCCGAGACGUGGUCGGGGAUGCUGGUGGGCGCGCUGUGCGCCCUGGCGGGGGUGCUGACCAUCGCCAUGCCUGUGCCCGUCAUCGUCAACAACUUUGGCAUGUACUACUCACUGGCCAUGGCCAAGCAGAAGCUGCCCAAGAGGAAGGGCAAGCACAUCCCUCGGCCCACCAUGCCGGGCUCGCCCAACUACUGCAAGCCAGACGCCCUGGCCAUGGCCACCGCCGGGCCGGGUAUGGUGAGCUCAGGCAGCCUGGGGGGAGGGGACUGCCCUCUGGCCCAGGAGGAGAUCAUCGAGAUCAACAGGACAGAUUCCAAGCAGAAUGGCGACGCAGCCAACGCAGCCCUGGCUAACGAGGACUGCCCCACCAUAGACAUGGUGCUUGGGGAGGAGAGGAGUCCUGCUGCUGGGGGUCUGGGCACCGGCGGGAGCCGUGAGCGCUAUCCCCAUGACCGCGCUUGCUUCCUCCUCAGUACCGGAGAGUUCCGUGCUACAGACGGCAACGUGAGGAAAGUGUUGAGUUUCUAAAAUUCCCCUUCCUGUCCAAGAAGAGGAACAACCAUAGGACACAAUUCACCCAGAGCUCCCUACUGGAUUCACUGUGGGCUGGAGGAAUACGUAACCGGAGAGAGAGAGAGAGAGAGAGAGAGGGAGAGAAAAAAGGAGAGAGAGCGAGAGAAAGAAAAAGAAACUGAAGGUGAUGGCGAUAAUGGGCGGAUGAUAGAGGACAACGAGAGUCAAAGAGAUUUGUUCAUCCCUCCGCACCAGAAGCAUCCUUCGUUCCUGUGGACUCCUCAAUCAGCACCAUGCUGUAGAAAACAAACUCCAGACCAACACAACAGACUUACAGACUGAAACACAUACCUUAUGUCAGCAUACUUUACCGUGUCUUAUUAUACUAAGUUUAUUGACAUUGAAAUCCCAGACAAAUUAUAAAAGAAACAAACAAUAGAACAGAAUGCCCCUAGGAAAAAGAGCCAAAGAGUUAUGGGACAGUAGUACAGUGUUCCACAACGUGGUCGUCAUCCUACUGUGUCAUAGACAAUUCAUGCUCUUAACCACUGUCAAAUGUUCCCUUGGACAAAUGACAUGUUACUGGCUCUCAGAUACAGUAUAUUCAAUUGUUUUUAAAUCUUCCUAUUUGGUACUUCAAAAGAUCGGACAUACAGUACGGUAGGCAACAUAAACAAACUGCUGCAGUGGUCUGAGAUGACUCAACACAGUCAGUGUGGAUGUGACUACAGAAAAGGCGAGCCAGGUGCUAGCCAAUGGCAAAAUACAUUGAAAUAACAGUCAUUUUACUGCUUUGCAGCCAAACACUAUGCAAAGCUAGGAGGCCGAAUGACCAUUGCGUCCAGUGACUCCUGAGUCGGCCCACAAUGGUGACGCUACCUGCUUAUGUAAAGUCAGUCACAGCUGUUGGACUGUUUUCAGUGAUUGACAGCCCUUCUCUUACCCUCUCACAAGAGUCCUUACGUACUUACACACAUACUGAAUGAUGGGCCACAAUAGUAGAGCUACCAGUUAUAUAGUAUACCAGACCAUUGGUCAUUUCAUAGAAACCUGCACAUAGGUCUGACAUACGAUACACUCCCUGACUGACUGAUGCUGACUCGUGUUGCAUGAGAGAGGGUGUCGGCUGACCCUAACAGACCUACUCAUCGACCACUUUGAAGGAUUUGGGCCUAAAGAAAACCAGAGUGUGUGCGCUGGAGAGUUGAGGAGGACGCCAAAGGAGAGAGACACUGGAAGCAUGACCGCAAUGCGCAUGCCAAGAACGCCAGCGACUGCUGGGAAAACGAGGACAUUACGUUGCCCUCUCUCUUUCUCGCUCUCAAUCGCUCCCUCUCUUUAUCUCCAACCCUCUGCAUCUCAGCAUUGCUGCUCCUCCUCCGUAGCAAACUGCAUGGCAUGAUCGAGAAAAAAAAAAACCUGAGGAACGAAACGUAGAGAACAAAAAGGAUGGAGAGACCAGAGAGACUUUAUUUUUUAAACCAAACAAUCAUAGUCACAUCAACCUUUUUCAAAAAGAUCCAAUUGGUAACUAUUUGCAAGUGUCAAGAUAACAAACGGUCAACUGCACGUUGAGAGGGUGGCUACUGUAAAGGUCUCUCUCCUUUCUGUAGAAAGGAUGAAGGUCAAAGAGCACUGCACCUCUGGGGGAUCACAAGGAAGUGCGAGAAAGGAGCGGGAAGAGGGUGAACGUUGAUAAACUAUUCCGGGAAAAAGUGAAAAUGCAUUUUUAUUACUUUGUUUACCAGCAUGACUAUUCUGCAUGAGUAUACUUCUGCAAGCCCUAACCCCACCCCCCCCCCUCCCUAAAAAAGAGGGCUAGGAAUUGAAAAAAAAUGUACAAAAUCGAGACGAAACAAAAAAUAUUUAUGUUAUAUGCAACUCAUUUUAAAAAAGAGCAGGAUUAUAUAAAAAAAAAUCUAUAUUUUGUUUUGGGAUAAAAAAAAAGGAAUAACGAAAAAAAUAUAUAGGAUUGCAAGAUACACAUUGAACAAUGUUUUCUUAGACAAAUAAGAUAAACAACACACCACAAAAUCUACCAGAGAUGAACUGUGCGAGGAACUUCCCCUGAUACUACAACUACUCUACUACUACUUUGAUGACAACUCUUCUCCCUCUCUGCUACUUCUUCUUCUACUGUUCUCACUCUCUGGUCCUACCGCCCUGAUUGCGCCCCCUGCUGCCAAUUCACUGUCUUCCACCCCACUGUCCAUCCAGGUCCCCUUUCCACUGUCUUGUCUGCAUAACUCUGUUUAGUUGGACUGUGCUCAGAUCCAAUGGGUCAUAUUUACUAGGAUCCAAACGGGCCGGGAACGGACUACACCUAAACUUGUCUAACAAGUUUUCCGCUGCAAACCUGUUUGCUACGGUGUGCACCAAUGAAUACGACCAAGAUGGACUCGGUGUUUUUGUUCUUUCAGUCUCGUGCUCAAGGUUGGAGAUGGCAGCUUCACCACCGGGACGCGGUUGUAGACUCUAUAAGGUCUCGGCUAACUAAAGCAGUUUAGCGAUACCUAGCAGAGAUUAAACCUCACCCCGUCCCCAGGCUAAAAACCCACUGCGCAUUGGGAGAAAGUAUCUGAUCUGGUGAACGAGAUUAGCGAUGACCUAACACACAACAAAUAACAUGGUUUGGAUUGUGUAGCCCAAUAAUACUGUAGCUCUGACCCUGUACUGUAGCUAGCACCUGUAGCACUGCGCUGACUGGCCAUAGAUAGCGCCAUAUUAGCUCAGCCCUGAUAUUGUAGCUAUACAAUGCGUAGCUUUGUGCUGCUAUGACAUAAUGUACUGUAGGCCUAUCUCCCGGAUUAUGGGGAUGUGUAUAACAUGUCGUUGUGGCAUUUAACCCCCAACUGCUGCUGGUGCCCCCGGUGUUGGUGAAGCAGCCAUCUUUGCUCCAUUUCCCAGGUGGGGAUAGCAUAUUGGCCAGGAAAACUGCUGUUCAAAGAUGCGUGAAGGGAACGCCAAAACUGUCUUAUCUAUUCUAUUCUGUCAUAAUGAGCUUUGUUGUCGUUUCUGUUGAUGAACAAAAGCUCUCGUUGACCUUCCACUACCCCUGCCUGUUUCGCAGUAUGGCUGUGUGCAUCGCACCAGGCACCUCACCACACUCUCAACAACAGAUUUUUGGGGUUUUAUUUCCCCCUUUUUUCCAUGUGUCUUUUCCAAGUGAUUUCGUUGUUGUUGUGUUCUGUUUCUAGGCCUGUAUGUAUAGGUAAUAUCGCCAGUCACGGCAAACCCUUAGCUAGGCCCACAUCAGAGUUGAGAUAAUAUGUCGUUUAUCCCCAAUGAAGAGUGCCGUCAUCUGAGCCGUGGUUCGUCUCUAGGUGACACUGGUCUAGCCGAGUGUUCCAGCAGAGCAGGGUUCAUCUCAAGGGUGUUAUUUAAUGUUACAAUGGGGGAGGAGGAGAGGAGCGUUAAUGUUUGUGGGAGGGGAGGGGGGCGUCACUUCAGACCGUGUCAAAUACAAUUUGGGUCACAUUCAUUUGCAUAUUGCUCGUUUUAGAUUUUUGUCUCAAAUGAGUGUUAACUUGUGUUCACUUCCCAAAACUGUUCCUUUGUUUUUGUUUCUUUAUUUGUUAUUAGGCAAUGAUGAUGAUUUUGAUGAUGUUCCAGAGAGGCUGGGGGCUAACUACUGAGAACUGAGCAACUAACUAUGCAAGAGUUUGACUGUAGCAUACGAUUAACUUCAGUGUUUCAUUGUGCCAAAGGAGUUCAGUGUGUUGGGUCUGUUUGUCUGUUGUGUGGGAGGGCAAGAAUGGGGUAGGGUAAGGAUGGAAAAAGGAGGCAGCUACUAUAUCUAGCAUGGUGCAUUGUUUACUGAAAUGAAUGGGGGUGUGGGGGUUAAAGUAAUUAGAAUAGGGGCCCCCCCUGAAGAUCUCUGGAGUUUGCUACUCAGGAUAUGUCCCUGUACUCGCAGUUUUCAUUUGAUACACUGGAUCUCUGUCAUUCAUCACCUUAUGUCUGAUUCCUCCCCCUUUUCCUUCUCAUCCUCAACCCCAUUCCUUUCACAUUCAUUCCUUCUCAACACCUGCCUACUCCUUCUCUCACUCUCUCCCUUUCCAAAAAAAGUUUAUUAUGGCACGAUGUUUGUUAUAAAAAGAAUGAUUUGAAAUGAUAGAGAUAAGUAACCAUAGAUUAUGGAAGGACGCAUCACUACUAGACAUUUCAUUCUGAAGAUGGACAUGAUUGUUUGUGAGGUAGAGAAGGAGAGGGAUCGGGUGCAAGGUGGAUGGGAAGAAGAGGAGAUGGGCACAAAUGGCUUAGAUACAGAUAAAGACAGAGGUGAAUGGAUCAUACCCCCCCCAUCAGCCUUCUGGUAGCACACCCCACACAGACACGUUAAAUGGAAAUAUAGACUGUUCCAUUUAAAAUGUCAG